AUGGAGAAAGACUUCAACUUUAUUGCGUUGCUUAAUAAUCAUGAUAAACAACAUAAAAGUAAGCCAGACCAAUUUACAAGUGUGGCGAAGGGGGUUAAAAAACGUCUUGAAUUGACUAACAAAAGAAGAAGAAGCAGCCGUCUAACUAUUUUUGAUAGAAUUCGUAACUUACCUCAAAACAGUCCAGUGCGAAAACCAACUAAAGAGGAAGUAUUAAAACAAAAAGCUGAGCACCGAAAAAUGCAACUCGAGAAGUGGAAGGAAGAGAAGGAGAAGAAGAAAAAAGAAGCAGCAUCUCAGAAAAAGAAACCUUUUAUUGUAGGUGUUGCUAGACCUCCUCCAAAGUUGAAAGAUUUGCCAAAAGUACUACCAAGCUCAUCUGGCAGAGUAACAAGAUCACAAACAGCUAAAUGUAAAGAGCCUACAACAAGAUGCACUUCGCAAAUUAGAAACACAAAGUCCUUUGCCCCUGAACAUGCACUGUUUUGCCCACCAGCCAUUAAAGGAAUGAAAGAAUUACCACUUUUACAGCCUCCCACUAAAAAAAAAGAUAGAACUGCAAUGGUACAAUUUAAACCUAUUGUGCCAGAAACUCAGCCUCAUCUAAAAUUGAAGACCUCAAAAACAGUGAGUAGAACCAGAACCAAUGACCGUAGCGCAUGUUCACAGCUGAACCCAAAAGCAGUGAAAAAUACUGAAGAGGGAUUACCAAAAAGUAAGGCAAAGGUUACAAAAAAAGGUAAAGAGGAACAGAAGACUACUAAGGAGGUUUUCAAUUCAGAUCACAGUAACAAAUCAUCAAAUCAAAUAAAUGAAAAAGACUCAAAAACAAAACAGAGGAAGGAAAAGCCCACUCAUUUUGUCAAGAAUACUGAAUCGGCAGAAGGCGGCUCAUAUUCUAGUGAAGAUCAUAAUAUAUCUGCAUCAGUAACACAAGUUUAUAAAACAAAAGGCAAGAAAUAUAUACUUGGCUCUUAUCAAGAAAAAAGUUCAAUUUCUGAUGAUAAUAAUCAUGAGAAGCCUGAAAUAUUAGGUAAAAAUUUGAAUAAUAAAUUAGGAAACAAAAAGUUGCUGAACAGUACACCAAUUUCAAUAAACAGUUCAUCAGAAGAUAGUACCAGUUCUCCAGCUGUAAUGAAAACUAGGAAAUCUUCAAAUUUUGCCAAAAGAUCAGGUCUAAAAGAAGUCAUUUCAGUUAUCACUCCAGAAAAACCUAAAGGUUCUCGAAAAUCUUUAAAAAGUAGCAGUAAUAGGCACCCAUCGCUAUCAGUUUCUGGGCAUUCAAUUCCAUGUAUCUCGUUAGAUAGCACAAAAUCAGAGAGUAGUAUUGGCUCACCAGUUAUCAAGAGACCAACAAGAAAAUCACAUCCACUAAAUAAAUGUACUCCAGUUAAACAGAAUAAGGAAAAAACAUAUAAGACUCCUGUAAAACCUAUACCAAAUUGUGAAUCUAGUUCCGAAGAGAGACUGAAAUCACCAAAAGAUGCUCCAAUGACUCCAGAACAAAUUACCGAUUUGGCCAAGCGAAUCAGCCCUUGUAUUACAAUGUCUAGAGGUAAAGAUAAUGCAAGACGGGAAAUGCAGAAGAAACUUAAGGAUGGGCUCCUUGAAGAACAUCUCGAUACUCUAGAUAGUGUAGACCACUUCAAUCAGCAACUUAACUCGGAAACUGCUCGUCUAACGGAAAUGGCCAAUCAUUGGGAAAAAAUUUUAGAACACAAUACACUUCCUGAUAUUGUUCAAGAAGCCAUUUUAGCUGCAGUAGGACAGGCUCGACUGUUAAUGUCGCAGAAGUUCCAACAGUUUGCGGGGCUCGUAGAACGCUGCGAGGCCCCAGAUCCGGAUCAGCCACUCGUAACACCCACUGACUUGCAAGGAUUCUGGGACAUGGUAUAUAUGCAGGUAGAGAACCUCAACGCGCGUUUUAAAAAUCUCGAAGAGAUGCAGUCGCGCGGCUGGGUUGUGGAGACUAAGGCAUCUCCUCAGCAAAAGAAACGCAAGGUUCCCGCAAAAUCCAGAACUAAACCGGCUGCCACCAGUCGUCUCAAGGCCAUGAUUGCUGCGGCACGUAAAGCAGCAACCGCUCAAGACGCGCCUGCACCCGAAGUAGAGGGCAGUAAGACUUUCGAAGCUGGCUUUUUCUGUGUCACAUCGCCAGUCCGCAGCCCAGCACCCGCCACACCAAACAAAUUGUCUACACCGAACAAGCCUUCUACUCUUUUGAAAGCAGUCCUCUCAAGCGAAGCGAAGAAGAGCGCUUCCAAGAGUGCGGCUUCGUUUGCGAUGCUGCGGGCUUCAAUGAUCGGGAAGAACGUCGACCCAGAUAGUGAAAUUCCUGCAGACUUAAUACAAUUUACGCCGGUAAAUCUGAAGGCGACGCCCGGUAGAAGUAUCUUGAAGUCGAGUGCCAAGAAAAGCAACGGGAAAUCUAUAAAGAUGGUUCUAUUCGACAGUUCAGAUGCUAACAUUUUGGACUCGUCUAUAGACAAUGACAUUAGUGGUGUACGAAAGCUAGAUACGUUGGACUCGGAAAACGAUUCACCGAUUGAAAAAAGUCCAACGCUAGAUGAAAAGCAUAGUGACGACAACACGUCACCAUCCACAGAGGAAGAAGCGCCUCCAUUUUCCAUGUAUAUCAAUCAAAAUACGGAAAAAGAGAAAUGUCAAGCUAAUGAAAAUGAAAAUCCAAUGAUGACAAGGAAGUUGGUUCGGCAAGAUGCCAUCUGCAGCCCGGUUAGGACUUGUAGUAGGAAUAAGACUGAAACUCCUCGCACAAUGGAGAAGAAAGUACUCCAAGAAACUAAUGUCAACACACCGAGACGGUCAUUAAGGAGAAGGACCACAGUGUCUGAUGCUUAG